AUGUCCUCUGCUCAAGAUUCCGCCACCAAGAUCUCUAUCGAUAGAUUCGAUGGAGACAACUACGCGACGUGGAGCUGCUACAUGCGUGGCGUGUUUCUGACCAAGUCGACGUGGCACUUGGUCAACCGGGAGACCACCCCCACCUUCGCCGAUCCUCGCGCCAGUGAUGAGUACGUCAAGACGAACAACAUUGCGUUCGGCUUGAUGUUACUUCACAUGAGUGCGGACAAUCAUCACGUGGUUGAUGACUGCGACGAGGCAUGGGUUGCGUGGACACGGUUGAAGACUCUCUACGGCGGAUCGCAGAAGGCGGGACGGAUCUUCUUGAAGCGGCAGCUGUUCAGCAUGGAGAUGGCGGAAGGCGGCAAUGUGAUGCAUCAUUGCAAUGAAGUUCUCAACAUCAGCGCCAAGCUCAGCAGCAUCGGCGCCAAGAUGGAGGAUGAGGACGUGGCGAUCUGCUUGUUGUGCAGCCUCCCCAAGAGCUACGAGAACGUCGUGCUGAACUUGGAGAUGAGCAGCGCAGAACUGCGGACGCAAGACGUCGUGAAAGUGCUGACGAAUGAGCACAUCAAGAGACAAGGGAAAAAGACGACAUCGGUGAAAACUGAAGAAGCGACCAAGGCCUUCAGUACCGAGCGUGAGGUUCGUCAGUGUACGUUCUGCGGAAAAUUGGGGCACACGGUGGAAAAGUGCUGGACCAAGCAGAAGGAAGACAAUCGGGGAGCUCGACGCGGCGGCAAUGCACGUGGACGCGGAGCGAAUCAAGUUCAGUGGCAAGGCUACAACGGCAACAGCAACUGUGACUAUGAUCGAGUGGCGUUUGCUGUUUCGCUGGAAUGCGGACUUUCAACGACCAAGAGCAUGUCUGGAAUGUGGGCGAUUAAUAGCGGUGCAACACAUCACAUCUGCUAUGACAAGUCCAAGUUCGAAUUUCUGGACGAGCGCAAUGAAGGCGAAGUGUUGGUUGCAGAUGGGAACAAGGCUGCGAUCAACGGUGUCGGGACAAUCAUCGAAAAGGUGACCCUGUCCAACGGUGAAGAGCGCGAAGUCGAGAUCAAGAACGCGCUUUACGUCCCAAGCAUGAACAAGAACUUGCUUUCGAUACCACAAUCUAACAAAAGCGGCAAGUUUCAAGUGGUGUUUGAUGGUGACGAGAUGAAGAUUUCGCACAAAGGCUCCAAGCAAGUAAUAGUGAUGGCCGAUCUUGUGGAUGGCCUCUACUGGCUUCGUACAUCCCAACGAUCGGUGAAUGCGGCUUCAGGACCAAGAGUCGAAAACCUUCAUGCGCGUAUGGGCCACGCACCGAUUGAUGUCUUGUGCAGAAUGGUCUCCAAGGGCAUGAUCAAGGAUGCCAAGAACCCAGCAAAAUUGAGCGGAUCAAGCGUGUGUCAAGGUUGUCUAGAAGGAAAAAUGGUUCAACGACCGUUCCCGAGCAAUACAAACAAGCGCCACUACGAUCCGUUUGAGCUUCUACACAUCGACACUUGUGGUCCAAUGGAAGUCGACUCGCUAGGUGGAAGCAAGUACUUGCUACUGAUCGUCGAUGAAGGCAGCGGAUGUAUGAAGGGUGUCAGUCUGCGCGCCAAGUCCGACAGCGAAGAGUGCAUCAAGAAGUACAUCAUGGAAGUACAGACGCAGUUUUACUACAAGGUCAAGUUCGUUCGCCACGAUGGUGCACGCGAAUCUGUGGCAAAUUCGCUCAAGGCAUUUUACGAUGAUCAAGGAAUCGAGCAGCAAGUUACCGUUCCAUAUGCGCAUCAGACCAACGGCACGGCGGAACGGGCAAUUCGGACCAUUGUGACGAUCGGGCGCAGCAUGCUUCACUACGCCGAGCUGGACAAGUGUUUUUGGGCUGAAGCAGCAAUGACGGCAAUCUACAUCAAGAAUCGCCUACCAUCGCCCAAGUGCCAAGAUCAAACCCCGUUCGAGAUUGUCAACGGAUUUCGACCAAGUGUGAAGCACAUGCGGGUUUUCGGCUGCCGAACGUUUGUGCUGACCCCUGAGGAAAAGAGAUCGAAAUGGGAUCCAAAGGAUCGUAAAGGACGAUUCAUGGGGUACGAAGAAGUGUCGAAGGCAUAUCGCGUUUACGACAUUGAAGCGGACCAAGUGGUGAUAUCUCGCGAUGUCAGAUUCGACGAAUCAACGCUUGGUUUCUCGCCGAGGCUACCACAAGAAAUUGUUGAUGACACUGCGCUGGAUAUCGAAUCGAUGAACAUCAGCGAUGAGCCUCACCCUAUGGAGUUCAAGCAAACUGGAAAACGCAAAAGCCGUUCAAACAGUCAAGAACAAGUUCUACAACGGACACUUCUUGAGCGUCGUGGAACCGGGUUAGAAGAAGCAAGUGCACCGGAUGACUUUGAAACGCACCAAGCGAAGCGACGAUCAAGCGCUCGAGACAAUCUGGACGAAGAGCAAAAGGGCAGUGACGAAGAUAACGAGGAUGCUACACCUCAAGUCUUUUGGCGAGCGAGUGUCAACGCAGUCGAAGGUACUGACUUGUCUGAGCCGACAACGUUUGGAGAUGCUGUUGGUGGACCAGAUCAAGUGCAUUGGCGUAAGGCAAUCUGUGCCGAGUUGGACUCGAUGAAACUUCGUGGCGUGUUUCGAGCGACCAAACUGCCGACUGGACAGCAUACCAUUGGCACCAAGUGGGUAUUCAAGAUCAAGCGGAAAGCUGAUGGAUCCAUCGAGAAAUACAAGGCGCGCCUCGUGGCAAAAGGGUUCAAGCAGAAAUAUGGCAUCGACUACACGGAAACGUUUUCGCCGGUAGUCAAGUACGUGACGCUGCGCAUGGUGGUUGCAAUCACGAAGUACUUUGGCUGGACACUGGACCAACUGAACGUGGUGACAGCUUUCCUUUACGGACAAAUGAAGGAAAAGUUAUUCUGCGCGAUCCCAGAAGGAGUCGAAGUUGAUGAAGACUUUGACUGCUUUGAACUGGUCAAGGCGAUCUACGGACUAAAACAAGCAUCGCGCAUUACAAGUGGCGAGUGCGUGCUUUUGCUGGUAUACGUCGAUGAUGUGUUGGAGACUGGCAGCUCGACCGAACUGAUUAUGCGCACCAAGAGUGACUUGAAGGCGCGUUUCGAAAUGACCGACAGUGGGAAGUGCGCAUUCGUGUUGGGCAUCGAGCUGGUGGACAACGACAACGGUAGCGUGACGAUGUGCCAGCGACGCUACGUGGAAGAUGUUCUCAAGCGUUUUGGCAUGAGCGACUGCAAAGCCGUCACCAGCCCAACAGACAUCAGUUCUCGACUCAUACCAAGUACCGCAGCAACUAAAAUCGACGCCCCGUUUCGUGAAGCAGUAGGCGCUUUAAUGCACUUGAUGACCGCGACACGACCGGACAUUGCCUUUGCUGUGAGUUACGUUUCGCGCUUCGUGGAGAACCCCCAAGUCGAGCAUUGGAUGGCGGUCGAGCGCAUUUUGCGAUACUUACAGGGGACUAAGUCGCACGGUAUUUGUUUCAAGCCUGAUGACAAGAUAGACUUCUGUGGCUACUCGGAUGCAGACUGGGCCGGCGACCAUGCAGACCGCAAGUCGACUUCGGGAUAUGCGCUCAUCCUAAUGGGUGAUCCGGUGAGCUGGGGAAGCAAAAAGCAGUCAAGUGUGUCGCUGUCAACAAGUGAAGCUGAGUGCAUUGCAUUAAGUCUGGCUAUUCAAGAAGGCAAGUGGGUGCAUCGAUUGCUAUGCGAGAUUCUGGAUGCCGCAGAGGACAAGUCUGGACCCGAGCUCAAGAUCAUGGAAGACAACCAGUCGUGCAUCAAGAUGACGAAGAAUCCUGUGAACCAUGGUCGGGCCAAGCACAUCGACAUCAAGUACCACCACAUUCGUGAUGAAGUCAAGCGUGGUGAUGUCAAGUUGGAGUACUGUGAGACUACGAUCAUGUUGGCGGACAUCAUGACGAAGGGACUGCCAGGACCGCGUCACAAGGACUUGACGGCAGCGCUCGGCAUACACGCGUGUUCGCAUUGA